GGGUCAGUCAGUCGGUGCGACUAAUAAGGACACGAGGAUCUAGUAAGAGAUCCCAUUCUCACUUUUAUUUCUUUACAAGUGUACUUUGGAUUAGCAACCGACUAUUUUUCCAAACAUGCGUUCAUAAACGUUCAUGGAUUAAUGCGUUUUUAUGCUGGAGGAAACUUUCUCACCAAUUGUUUUGAAGGAGUAUUUUCUCUUGCAUCAGAGAAGACAUGAGUUGCUUGUUAAAAUGGGCAGCUUUCCUCUGGAUCGCACAAACCAUUCCCUGCACUGUUGGAAUGGCAUUGAACGAAAGAAUAGACAACUCUAGAUGUCCUCCAUUGAAAGUAGACAAGGACCUGUUUUCCUACAGUUUAAAUGGUCCACAGCCAGAAUUCACCGGUUUUGAUUUGACAGAAAAGUUUCUCCUGAGAAAGGGGGCAGUGACAGAGGAGCGGCCAUCAUUCCGGCUGGGGAGCAGCCCCCUCAUCAAGCCAACAGAAUUGGUGUUCCCCAAUGGUCUGUCCAGUGAAUAUUCUCUAGUUACCACCUUCCGGCUGAGGAAAACCACUAAGAAAGACCGCUGGUAUCUGUGGCAGAUAUUCGACCAGACGGGGGGUACCCAGGUGUCUGUAGUGUUGGACGGUGCUAAACGAGCAGUGGAGUUCUCAGCCCGGGGCCUUCUGAAGAACAGCCUCCACUACACCUUUAAGAGCCGAGACCUGCACACCCUGUUUGACCGCCAAUGGCACAAGCUGGGUGUGGCGGUCCAGAGCAGCAUCGUCUCCGUUUACAUGGACUGUAAACUAAUAGAGAGGAGGCUGACAGACGAGAAGGAUGAAAUCGACCCCAGCGGAUAUACGCUGAUUACAACCCGGGUGGAGGAUGGACGGCCUGUAGAUAUCGAACUGCAACAAAUCCUGAUCUACUGUGACCCAUACCUGGCUGAGAUGGAGAACUGCUGUGAGCAGGCAGGAUCUACGUGUGAGCCUAGCAGGGAGGGCCCUGGUGCUGGAGGGGUGACUCCCAAUCCCUUGGAUACAGAUGGAGCAGGCCAGCUCCCCCGGAUGCUCUCCCAGCCCGUCCAGCCAGCUCGGGUCCAGCGGGUCCAGCAUUCCAGCAGUGACAGAUGUCAAUGUUCAGCAGAGAAGGGUGAUCAAGGUCUACCAGGCUUGGCAGGACUUCCAGGACAGAAAGGCGAUCAAGGAGACAAGGUAAAGGAGAUGUUGAAUAUCUAUCUGGCUCAAUAAAUACCAUCAUGACUGUGCAAGUGUACCUGUAGAAUUCAGUUACAAUUCUAACAGAGAUAAAGCUGUUGUGUUUCCUUAGUUACAUAUUUCAGGGAGAGAGACAAAGACGGAGACGGAGAAAAGACAGACAGAGACAGAGAAAAGACAGACAGAGACAGAGAAAAGACAGACAGAGAAAAGACAGACAGAGAAAAGACAGACAGAGAAAAGACAAACAGAGAAAAGACAGACAGAGAAAAGACAGACAGAGAAAAGACAGACAGAGACAGAGAAAAGACAGACAGAGAAAAGACAGACAGAGAAAAGACAGACAGAGAAAAGACAGACAGAGACAGAGAAAAGACAGACGGAGACAGAGAAAAGACAGACAGAGACAGAGAAAAGACAGACAGAGACAGAGAAAAGACAGACAGAGACAGAGAAAAGACAGACAGAGAAAAGACAGACAGAGACAGAGAAAAGACAAACAGAGAAAAGACAGACAGAGACAGAGAAAAGACAAACAGAGAAAAGACAGACAGAGAAAAGACAGACAGAGACAGAGAUGGAGACAGACAGAGACGGAGGCAGACAGAGACGGAGGCAGACAGAGACGGAGGCAGACAGAGACGGAGACAAAGAAAAGACAGACAUAGAAAAGACAGACACAGACGGAGACAGAAAUAAGGAAAUAUGUCCUGUAUUGUGUGUUAUCCUCCGUGAUUUAACAAUGGAAAUAUGUCCCAGACUGUAUUGUGUGUUAUCCUCCAUGAUUUAACAAUGGAAAUAUGUCCCAGACUGUAUUGCGUGUUAUCCUCCAUGAUUUAACAAUGGAAAUAAGUCCCAGACUGUAUUGCGUGUUAUCCUCCAUGAUUUAACAAUGGAAAUAAGUCCCAGACAGAAUCAACUAAAGUAAUAGAACGAGCAUGAAAUUCAGAUUCCCCCUGUCCUUUUACAAUAUAUAACCAUCAGUAUCAGUUCAACAUUUCAUUUGCUACGUGUUUCAAGCCUUGAAAUCAGACACAAACAAGUAGAGGUGGCUCUCCAUUACGCCUCUCCAUUGUUUUUUUGUGAAAUUGUGCGAACUCAAAAAUAAUGUGGUGCGUUAUGGGAUUCCACAUCGCUCUGAAGCCUUUGAAGUGGCUAUCGGAGGGUCUAAUACACCCUCCAUAAUUUUCACUCCCUCAGCAUAGGGACACUUGUGUAUAUGGCAUAUGAGCGUGUGAAUUCACAAAUGGAGGGCUGAGGGCCGAAGGGACUGACAGAAAGAGAGAGAGAAGAAGAACCAGUGUGUUUGACAGAAAGAGAGAGAGAGAAGAGUCAGUGUGUUUGACAGAAAGAGAGAGAGAAGAGCCAGUGUGUUUGACAGAAAGAGAGAGAGAGAAGAGUCAGUGUGUUUGACAGAAAGAGAGAGAGAAGUGCCAGUGUGUCUGACAGAAAGAAAGAGAGAGAAGAGCCAGUGUGUUUGACAGAAAGAGAGAGAGAGAAGAGUCAGUGUGUU